GCGAUCUACCCAUCCCGCAACUCCGCGGAGUCACGUGAGCGGCUAACGGUGGAUUUUUUUUCCGUUUGCCAGUUGGCGUCAAACCGCCUCGUGCGAUCCUUCCAGGACCGUUAGCUUAUGGUGGACCAUUGAAAUUGGACAGGGAGGGUUAGCUGAGUGUCCACUGUAGGCAACAGCUGCGACAGCACAUCCCCUCCCCUGUAGCUGACCGGACAAACCUGCCAAAACUCGAUAGCGAGUUUCAAAUCCUGUAGCAGUUGUACAAAAUAGAAAAAAAAACACAAUGAACAUACUUAAACUUCACCGCCCGAAGGUUCCUUGUACUGCAAAGUUUGAUGAAGAAUUACGUGAGGAGUCAAUAGUAGUUAUUAAAGGAAAAUUGACUGAUGAUCCCCUCAGAUUCGAUGUUAAUUUUCAGAAGGGCGACCAUCCUGAUGCAGACAUUUUAUUUCAUUUCAAUCCCCGUUUUAAAGAGGACCUUGAGAAAGUGAUAUUUAAUUCUCGGGGACCAGAUGGUUGGGGAUUUCAGGGUGAGAAGUAUGAAAAGAUUUCUUCCAGAAAUGCUCCAUUUAAGCUGGUGUUCAUGGUGUGGAACAACUGUUUCCAGGUAUCUGUCAAUGGUAGACAUAUCCUUGACUAUCCACACCGCUUAGAAGAUUGGAAGCCAGAUACUGUUAUAGUAUUUGGCGAUAUACAUGUGGAAAGUAUUGAUGUUCUCAAACUUUGAGGCUUAAAAGAAAGCUGAAGGAACAGAAUGAAACUUCUAAAGCAAAAUUGAAUUACACGUCAAGAGUUGAAAUAACAAUUUAUCGACUUCUGCAUUUCUCUUUGCUUAUGCUUGAAAAUUGUGUUAGUUUGCGAUGACUUGAGAUCUUUCUUACAAUGCCAGUGUUGAUUCAAAUUAAGCUAUUGGGGAAUGAAAAGGUGUGUGUUGAGCCAUGUGGAAGAAUUGCUUAUGUAUAACUUCAUUGUUCGAUCUACAUUAUUUUCAGCUGGACAAUUAAAACA